AUGUCUAGUCGACUCACAUUCAACUUCAAGAUUGGGAUUGUCGGUGAUCCAUUCACAGGCAAGACCACUUUUAUACACAAGUUGCUUACUAAUUACUUUGAAGAAGAGUAUUAUCCAACAAUAGGUGCUGUAGUUGAACCAAUUUUCCUUGAAACAAGUCACGGCAAAAUGAGGUUGGAGCUAUGGGAUAUAGCCAAUGAACUAAAACAGGGCUUUUUCGCGUCGUGUUACAAGAAGAUGGAUGGCUUCAUAUUGAUGAUCAAUGCGUCACAGAAAGGUGCAGAAAAGCGAGCACUCAAAUGGGCAGAUUUUAUUAUGAAAAAGACACGACAGAACACACCAAUAGUUGUGAUCUACAAUUCGUUUGCAGAACCGUCGAACGAGAAUAAAAAGGAGUACAUUUUGAACAACGAGUUUCAUUUCUCUUUGAAAAAUACAGUCUAUUUCCAAGAACCCAUCAGGCUACUUAUAAAUAUGAUCACCCAGAAACGAGUAGUCUUCUCGAUGUAUGGGCUCAUGCUUCAAAACCAAUACAAUGAGUGUUACAACUCAAUAUCUGUGUAA